AUGCGUGGGGGCAGUGUCGGGAUGGGCGCGGGGCGGGGGCGACCAAUGGUGCGUAAGGAGGAGGAGGAUGGGCAGAGAAACACGCCACUGGCUGACAGACUGCCACAGGUAAAUAGACACAUGGGAGAGAAGACGAAUGUGAAUACUGCCAUGACACUCCUUUGGUUUACGUCUUGUCAGGGUGUCGGGUGUGAUGGACAUCCGCCCUCUGCAAUGCCCCAUCCCAUAGCUGGUGCCCUCACCCCGCCACGCGAGCCCAUCCCCAAAGCCAAGCGACCACCCGCAGCCGCAAACAGUGCCAGCCAACAAAUCCGCUCCACGCCCCACUCCCCGGCAGACCCCUUCAUACACUCCCCGACUGUCCGCUGCCUGCGCCGGCAGAUGGAGGCUGGUGCCACGGGCGCCUACACGGCUCGCGAGCGGCACCAGCCGCCCCCGCCGCCCAGGGGCGCCCCCUCGCCCACACCGCUACAGCGUGACGCCAGCGGGGGUGAGGGCGGGCAGAGACACAUCGGCAUGGCGCUGACACACCAAGAGGACCGGUGAGGAAAAUCAGACAACUCGACGGGCCCCGCACAUCAUUGUCUCUGUUGUGGCUGUUCAGUGGUGCGUUGACGACUCGCGAUUCGAUUAAGAUUGCCCGCCCGAUCAUCCCUCGCGCACGUUCCCUUGUCAAGAAUAAGUCACCCAUUAUCCAGCUGCUGCUGCAGCAGCAGCAGCAGGAGGAGGAGGAGGUGAAUCUGAUGCGCUCCGUCCCCCUCCGUCUUUUAGCCCAGCCUUCAGACCUCUCUGUUGGUCUGGAUGCGUUUGUGCCGGCGAGGGGCAAUCUGGAACCGUAUGGUGCACCCAAAGGCGACCCGAUCAGCUCGACGCCGAACAGGCCGGUACGCCACACCCACAUACACAAACUAACAUGACAAUGCACACAUACCGUGAAAUGGUCCUCUGUGUGUGUGUGUUCAGACGGUUGUCAUUCCGCCCCUCUUAGCUCUGCCCGAGUCACUGUUCGUUGCCCACAUCUCGCCCCUCCUGGGCACCAAACCGAUCAUCGCCGCCCUCGGCCCCGCCCACCGGCAGAUGCACAAGAUCUCCCGUUCCCCGCAGACGCACACCACGCUCCAUCUGUCGCGAGGGGACCUCCGCAAGACCAUCACCAACAGGCAGAUGGCUGCAUGGUGGCCGUCAUUCAGCAAGGUCAGGCGGGCCACCCUCAGGUGCGCGCCCACAACGGGCGUCGUGGAGCUGAUCGAGAAUGCCAGUCAGACGCUGGAGGUGCUGCAGGGCGGGUGCUGGUGUCGGUGUCGGUCAGAGUGCGGCUGCCGACCAUCAGCCUGCGAAAGUCCGCAGGACUGGCUGAGGCGCCGGCAGCUCAUGGGUCCGCGCCGCUCGCGGAUGGCCAUGACCUUCCCCAAGCUGACGCGCGUCAAGGCGGCGGGGGGGUGGGUCUGCGUCGCGGGCUUCAGGCGAUGGGCAUUUAGGUAAGCCACAUAGGUAAUGAGUGGGCGGGUGGGUGGCUGGGUUCUUGACAUGGUUGUAUGUGUGUGGUGGCCGUCUGACUGUCAGGGCGCUGGUAGAGAUUGACCUCAGUGCGACCGACUUCGACGACAACCGCUGGCUGCCCCACUGGCUGCCGAAGGCCAAGGAGAGCGUGACUGAGACCGCCAAGGAGCGCCCGAGGGCGAAGAUGACGCUCGAGGCUUAUGACCUCACGCAGCCGCUGUCGGACGCCGUCAAACCCUUCAUCAAGUGAGGAUGAAUGCGAUGAGUGAAUGGAUCAAGAGACCACAUUGAUAGGUGGGGGGAUGCACCGUGUCCUUCUUGUCCGUGUGUGGGUCUUCCAGGCGUCUGUCGGUGCGAGUGGAGGGGUUCGGGCCACCUCAAGUACAUGGACGCCACCUCGAUGGAUUGCAGCUGGAGGAGCUGAAUCUGAGAGUGUUUCCACGACCGACGUUCACCUGGAUUCUCACCUACAAUCUGACUGCAGCUGGGGAGCUCAAUCUGAGCCCCCUGCCGAUCUUCACCGACAGACUGAUACAGGUGGGUCAUGAGAGCGGGAAAGGACGUCACCCCUUAAUCAAGACAGUUGACGCACCGCAUGCACUGAUUGUGUGUGGCAGUAUUUGGAGGACGUGCCGCCCACGUGUGUGCCCACUGGCAACCUCACAUUCGACUGGAGUGACUGCAAGCACCCGGAAGGGAGAGAAGUCACCUUCGAGCUCGUCCCCCAACUGGAUCGCCUUCGACAACACCCAUACGGCACUCGCAUCCUGGCCGCGGUGGCAUCGGCGGCCACGUGCGUCGAGCUGCUCUCUGGGCUGGGCUAUGGGGAGACAGUGCCGGAUGUGGUGUUAGAGCGAAUGGCGCGGAUCGUGUUUUCGAAUGCGACCAUGGUGAAGCUGUGGCCUGACUCGCACCGUGACUCAGAGCCUCUUCCUGACGCUUUUGUGUCGCGCCUGUCUGCCCGCAUGUUCCCACGGGUCACAGCACUGCAUGCGGCGAGGAAGGAGCACGUCAGAGAGGAGGUAGUUAGGCGGGUCACCAAAUUCAGCUCAGUUAGGCAGGUGAUCUUUCAGAGGGACGACUUGCCGCCUGUGCGUUUCUUUUUCCCCCGCUGGCUCAUCGCGUGUAGCCCCACCGGCCCUCUGCUUCACAUCAACGCCGUCUUUCGUCCGUGUGGUGUGAGCAUGCAUAGGGGUGGCUGGUCGCUGUGGGAGGGAGGGGGCGGGGGCGGGGCUUGCAUCAGGCAGAGAGUGCGUUCGAUCUUCGUUUGUGUGUGUGGGUGUGGGGCGUUUUCGAGAGUGAGAGAGGAGGAAAGGGGCAGCCAGGGAGGGGGGGCCGACAUUCUGUCUGUCUGCCUCCAGGCCAUCGCCAAGUGCCCCCUACUUGACGAGAUUGGCCUGCGGGACUGCCCUGGCGAUCUCACUGUCGAUAGAUUAGGGGGCAAUACGGAAGUGCAGAGCCGACUACUCAAGGUCGGCUUCUAUGCUGUGGAAGAGAGGAAGAAAGGCAGCAACUGUGGCUACGACAAAUCUGUUCGGUUGCUUUCGCUUUUUCCCCGGGGGUUAUCCCUGGCUAGGCGCUGCUCGGACCCCUCGCCGUCUGCUGUCCUCACACCAUACACCUCUUUGUACACCUCUAUUGAUGAUGGCUUGUCAGUGCCCGAGGCCCUGCUGGCACACGUGGGGCUGCGGUGCCCGGGGUUCAUGGCACGCCAGCUUAGCGAGCGGGUCCAGGAGAAACUGAUGGAUACGAUCAGUGCUGGGUUGAGAGAGCAGAAGGGAGGGAGCAGGUAGCCUUUGGCACACUGUGGGAUGGGGCACUUCCUCUCUCCCUCUGUGCCCCGCAUCUGGCUCCCCUUCUGGCUCCUCUCUCCAGCUGAGAGAAUGCCUGAGCGACUGCAUGAAUCGUAUGUGUGUGGGUGUGGGUGUCUCCCUUGGACGUGUGUGUGCGUGUACAUGUGCGUGCCUCUGUGGACAGAUGGAUGGAUGGAUAAGUGUCGGUAGCAGUGCAUGCCUAUGAUGCCUUUGUGU